UCGAGAGCAGCCACCAUGAACCAUCCUCCCCAAACUUUCUUCACCUCUGCCAACGCUGGCCUCCCCCCAGACUAUGAGAGACUCAAAGAGGAACAUGAGGUGGCCGUGCUGGGGGGACCCCACGGCUCGGCUUCCAUGACGACCACCGUGAUCAACAUGCCCAGGGACAUCUCCCUGCCUGACCAUGUGGUCUGGUCCCUGUUCAACACGCUCUUCAUGAACUUCUGCUGCCUGGGCUUCAUUGCCUAUGCCUACUCUGUGAAGUCCAGGGACAGGAAGAUGGUGGGCGAUGUGACUGGGGCCCAGGCCUAUGCCUCCACUGCCAAGUGCCUGAACAUCUGCGCCCUGGUCUUCAGCAUCCUCACGGCCAUCGUUCUCAUCAUACUUUUUGCCACCAGCUCUCUGGUAGCCUAUAAAGCAUAUGAACAGCAGAUGAAGAAUCAUGGAGGCUUCUAGUCCUGCCAUGCCCUCCACCCUCUGUUGCUGACUCUCACCCUAGGGCUGAGGCUCUGACCCACCACCCCAGAUUAAUGCAGCCGCUCACAUCCACACAUCUGUGCAAGACUGGAUUCAAUAAAGUGCACGUGC